AUGUGCUUCUCUGCGGCGUUUCGCACAGCGGAGCCGAGCACAAUGCCAAUCUCAGCGGUGGUAAAGACUGAGCAAAGACCCCAGCUGUCUCCAGGCACGGGGUCCGCCUCCAACGCAAGGAUUUACCCCGGGAUCCACACUGACACAGUGUGGAUCCUACAGAACCUACCCAGAGACAGCCCGGUCCCACUCCUCUCGUCUCUCCCCUUUCUCCAAACCAUCUGGCACAUUAUCGCCGCAGAUUUAUUCCACAGAGAAGAAGAGUAG